AUGUGUUUCUGGUAUUGCGAUUGCUUCAGAGACUUGUGGGCUGUCAUAGUUUCAUGCUUCUCCUCUCAUUUAAGCCUCAAAAAAGUAGAGCACGGAGAUAACUACCUAUUCCACACGAAUCAAAUAAUUUCAAGACCCAAAGGUGACUUCAUAGAUAAUAUCCAUAAUUUUUGGUUUGGUGACAUGGAGAGGCUUGAGCGUAACCAUGGCUACAUCCAAUGCCAGCCCCACAACUUCCUGAGGAUCACUAGAAUUCUGAAAUGUUUGACCAUCUUCAAACUCGAUGGGUACUGUUCAAUGUGGUUGAAGUUCCUACUGUACGAGGUCUACGUAACUGAAGAGUUGAAUGCGUGUAGGAAUUCCUUUGAAAGAUUUUGGCUCUCCGCUUGUAGUGAAAGGGUCCAGCUGGAAGUGCAGAAUUCGUUUACUCGGGAGGAGUAG